AUGUCACUCACUCCUCCCCUGGCCCCUUCCAUCAACAUCCCUCUCACUAUUGGCGCCCUGGAAAUCGGACUCAUGUUCUCAGGAUGCCUUUUUGGUGCUUUAACAAUCCAGGCUAUCGUUUACCACAGCAAGUUCCAGCAGACGGACGGUUAUCUAACACAGCUGAUGGUCGCGACGAUUUGGUUCCUCGAGCUCGGACAGCUCUGCUCCCACUUUCAUGGAAUCUACUACCUCACAGUCGUUCAUCACGCAAACUUAGUAUCCCCACCUUUAUCCGUAGGUGUGGCCUUUUUGCUGAGCAGCUGUGUCGGGCCCUUGGUCGAAACGUUCUACGUCUCACGGCUCUUAGUCUUCUCCUCACGCGUCGUACCCGCGCUUGUAGGAUAUGUCCUAACUCUCGCCCGCCUCGCUGGCUGGCUCUAUCUCUCCUCUUCCAUCCUCUCUGUACCUUCAUUCACGUCCGUUGUCGAGACCUAUGGACUGCUGCUGGAGAUAUUACUCAGUGGAAGCGCAGCGGUGGACCUCAUCGUCGCAGUGGCCAAUUGCUGGUAUCUAUGGAAGGGCAGGAGGAGACUGACGGGAAACGCAAGGGGAAAUACGCUGCGAGCGGUAAUUGACAACAUUAUCGGGUAUACUAUAAAGACGGGGCUUAUCACAAGUAUCUCGUUCAUGAUUACACUUGUCUGCUUUCUCAUGGCCCGACAAUACCUGAUAUGGAUGGCUGUAUCUAGUGCUUUGACAAAAGUGUUCUCCAAUUGCUUGCUUGCCUCUCUGAACAGCCGCCCUUGCGCCCGAGAGGGUACCGAUGGUUCCACCCUCCGAGAUCGAUACCACAAUCGAAGGGUAGACAUCUACCCAGAACCCAACGGGACUAUCCUGAGUUUCGUCGCCGGUAGCCUUGACGGCCCUUCCACCAUAAAUGUGGCGGACACAUACGGGUCCACCCACCGAAGGGUUUCGUCGCCACUGAAUAACGGCCGCCAUCUGUCUGUGGCCUCGCACGGCAGCCUCAGGACGCGGACGGACGGGUUUACUCCGGUUAGCGGGAGGAGUCCCCUGACGAGCAACAACACCAGCCCGGUGUACCAGCACUCGAGCGGGCAUGGGAUCAUAAACGGAUUGAGUGUCGGGCUAAGUAACAGCUCGCAAGGGGGGCUCCGACGAGCGGACAGCGUUCAAGCUUCGAGAGGAGAUGUCUACUGGGCGAUAUAG